GAAAGUCAUUCCUACACACGGUACGGUCGAGUAUGGACGUGCUGCCGCAGAGCAGCCGUUUUUGUCAGUAUAAAAAACCUAACUUGAGUAGAACGUUGUUGACGGUGCAGCAAAUUAGAUCGGGAAGUGGCAAAAGGAUAGUUCAAAGCUGAACGGCCGAUGGAAAUUAGAUUUGCAAACAAAAGUGAGCGAAUUCAGUGACCUGUCAAUAAUUACGAGACAUUGUUGGUGAGCAAGUCAAGGAAAUAAAGAAAGAAAAAAACAUUUUGCGUAACAGCAGUGAAGUGAAGAAUGAGCUCUUUUGUUGGAAAUAAGAAGAUAGAGGAAAUUUAACAAACGCAUACAAUCUGUGAUUGAAGUAGCAAUAAAAAAUAAACAAGUUAAUGCUUUGGAAACAGUAACAGCAUUUCUGUUCGUGGAACGAGUGUACAGGAAAGUGAACAACCAGGAGUGAUAAGGUUCAACAAACGAAUCAUAAUCCACAUCUGUUAGUCAAGUGAACGACAAAGAGACGGAACGCAAACAAACACAAUACUUGCUCUUUGUAUGCAUAAGGAGAACGAUUCGGCCAAUAAUUAAAGUUGAUAAGAGAAAACCAGAUAAGAGUGGUAUUUGGAAAGCGAAGUAACCAACAAAGUUCAAAAUGUGGUGUUUGAUAAAUCUACCGAAUGGAACGACUUCAGGAGUCCAGUGUGACCCCAAGAGGAACAGCCAGGAGUGCUUGGAGAAGGUGUGCAACGACCUCGGAAUCAUCUGCGAAACCGACUACUUCGGGUUGAUUCCGGUCCGCGACAAUGACAGUACGGAUAUUGACGAAUGCAACGCCAAGCAAUGGAUCAACCUUCGGAAUCCACUAAGUCUACAUGCCAACGAUCGGAACCACCCGAUUUUGCUUUCGCUGCGCGUCAAAUUCUGGGUUCCAGCGCAUUUAAUACUGCAGGACAGUGUGAAGAAGCUUUUCUACAUGCAAGCCCGACAGGAGCUUCUCGAUGGUCACAUCAGUGCAUCUAGCUGGGAGAAUGCAGCGCAUAUUUCUGCACUGCUACUCCAAGCUGACGGCUACCUGUACGACCCAAAUAAAGUCUUUGCCAACUUGUCCGGUUUGGAACGAGGUAGCCCGCUAAAUACGGCUGAUCGUCGUCAACUGAGGAGGCCGUCGAAGCGAAAGUGCUCAGAAUCUGAAGUCAAACGAGGAAGCAUUGCAUCGGCGGUCGCACCGGAUGACACGAGUCCGGAAACCGUACCAAAGAACAUUUACCAGGCCUACACUGUGCGACCGAAGUUCGAAGAUCUCGAACCGGAAGCCAUGCCAGAAAACUUUAUCCAAAUGAUCGCGAAGGAACACGAAACUCUCAAUAAGAUUAAAAUGGCUGCUACUUCUGCCCAGUAUUGGGUCCUGGAGGAAAUCUCAUCCCUGAACGGAUAUGGCGAAGAGGUGUUCGAGGGUAUCACAAUCACCGAACAGUCGGUACGCUGCAAAAUUGGGGUCAGUCCUCAUGGAUUAACCAUCACAAAGGACGAUGAAAAAUAUAGCGUUCCAUUUACCGCAGUGAAAGCCGCAAAAUCGAUCAAGCGAUCGUUCCGACUGACGUACAUGAACGAAGAACACGAGGAAACUCAUAUAGAGCUUAAGCUGCCGAACCAUCGUACGGCAGCCUGUCUUUACCGAGCGAUCACAGAAAAGCACGUUUUCUAUUCCUGUGAAACUGUCCGACCGGUAGUAACGACCCAGUUUAUUCGUGAUCUCAAAGGUACGAUCGUCUCAAUGUUCAACGAAGAUACCGAACUCGGAAAACGCUACGUAUUCGACAUACAGCGAACCUGUCGGGAAGUUUACGACAAUUCUCGACGGGUUCUCCACGCGCGUGGUAUAGAAAUCAGCAAAGUACAAAAAGAGGGCCCUCAAGCUCAGGCCGAGAAAUUAGAUCAACAGCUGGCAGAUGAAGUUGAAGAAAGCAGCAAACUUGAACGAUUAGUCGAAGAACGGUUGACGGAAGCGCUUACUUGUGUCAUCUGCGCUGACAAUAUAAUAGAUUCGAUGUUCCUUCCAUGCGGGCACAUCACUGCAUGUCGGCAAUGCGCAGAACAAUGCGAUCGCUGCCCACUUUGCCGAGCAAAUAUCGAGUGUGUUAACAAGGCUUUCCUACCGCCAGUGAUGCGAACCAGGAGCCACACAGCUUCCUCAGCUGCGUCAGUGCAACCAAUCGAAGCUCAGUAGAACGUGGUAGAAUCCUUAUCGCCCGAUCUUCAUUUUACCACAAUCUAACCACAUUACCAUUAGCUUUAACGAAAAAUACGCACAGCCCUAAGCUGUUGUUUUUGAAAAAUCUUCAUAAUUUAAGUUGCUAGAUUACUAACGUAAUGCAAAAAUGCAAACCAGGUGAUAUUUACUUUUAGUUACUCUAUCCAAUAGGGGUUAAAUAAACUGCUUUUUAAAGUUGUUGAUAACCAAAUAAAAACCCCAUAUCAUAAUCAAGCGAACUUAUAUAGUCAUAUAUCAAUGCAAAUUAAUCAGCGUAGAAUCAUAGAAGAGAGUGAAGAUGGUCGAAUGAAAUUAGACUUUAGUAAAAGGCUCAUGAGCUCCUAGUGAGAUGCGUAAUUUUAGUGAUGAAAGUAUUGUUUCUGUUGAGUAUUUUAAUUCCAAACCCCUGAAUACAAAUAUUAGUCCCCGUAUGACCUAUGUGUAAGAUCAUAUUAUCUGUACCAUUAGAAUGGCCCGUAAAAUACAAAUUUAAUUUGUUGUUAUUGAAAAAACUGAA